AUGAACACUAAUGGGGAAGAUAGAGAAAUUGUGCCGGGGAGGAAUUACAGUGUCACAAUCACUGAGCCGGAUAUCAACGACGAAGAUUCAAGAGACAAAAAAGCUUACAUGGCCGGAAUCUUAAACAAAUAUAUCCAAAUUAUGGAUAAGAAAAAUCAGUAUCAUAUAGGUUAUCCAGUCAAUCUGGACUUUGAUUAUGGAGCUCUAGCACAUCUUCAAGCUUUCUUCAUAAACAACAUUGGGGAUCCAUUCAUUGAAGGCAAUUAUAGCAUGCAUUCACGAGAAUUUGAAGUUGCUGUUUUGGAUUGGUUUGCCAAUCUAUGGGAAAUUCAGAAGAAUGAUUAUUGGGGAUAUGUUACAGUUGGUGGCACUGAAGGAAAUCUUCAUGGCAUUCUAAUUGGGAGAGAAGUUCUUCAAGAUGGGAUAUUUUACACGUCACGAGAAUCGCAUUACUCCAUCUUCAAGGCAGCGAGAAUGUACAAAAUGAAGUGUGUCAAAAUUGAUACUUUAUUCACGGGUGAGAUGGAUUACGAGGAUUUCAAGGCCAAGUUACUUCGUAAUAAGGAUAAGCCGGCAAUAAUCAAUGUCAACAUAGGAACGACCAUGAAAGGAGCAGUUGAUAAUGUUGAUAUCGUUAUACAAAUUUUAGAAGAAUGUGGAUUCACACACGAUAAAUUCUAUAUCCAUUGUGAUGCAGCAUUAUUUGGAAUUAUGAUGCCUUUUGUUGAUCAUGCACUUAAAGUUACUUUCAAGAAGCAAAUCGGAAGUGUGACAAUUUCCGGGUACAAGUUUAUGGGAUGUCCAAUACCUUGUGGGAUUUACAUAACAAGAAUGCGAUACAUUAAUACCCUCUCAAAAAAUAUUGAGUAUAUAGGUUCUUCUGACACCACUAUAAUGGGAAGUAGGAGCGGCCAUGCUCCAAUCUUCUUGUGGUACGCCUUAAAUAUAAAGGGUUAUAGUGGAUUUCAAAAAGAAGUUGAAAAGUGUCUUACAAAUGCUCGAUAUUUGAAAGAUCGGAUUGUGGAAAUAGGGAUUAGUGCCAUGCUUAACAAGUUGAGCAACACGGUUGUAUUUGAGCGGCCUCUAGACAAUGAGUUUGCCCAUCGAUGGCAACUCGCUUGUGAAAGAAGCAUGGCGCAUGUAAUUGUGAUGCCCAAUAUAACCGUUGAAAAACUAGAUGAAUUCUUGGAUGAAUUGUCGAAGAAACACUCUCAAUGGUACAAAGACGGGAAAGGAGUUCAACCUCCUUGUCUUGCAUCCGAUAUAGGGGGAGACAAUUGCCUUUGUCCUCUUCAUAAAUAA